CACAAGGAAGUAAAAAGCCACUCAGUGUUAUUUGGGUAUUAGGAGACUCAGUAAAGCCAUGUGAGGAGAUACUUCUGCCCCAGGCAAACAUUUCUCCCUAGUCUGGCAUUUAUAAUGUUUAUAAUAUUUGGGCAUCUGUGAGAAACUCGCUCCAAGAUUCAACUCCCACUCGUCUCUGACCGCUGUUACUGUAUCUCACAAGAGCACCAUCUGGGGCAGUCCCCUAAUUUAUUUGGAUGCAACUAUAUUAUAAAGCUUUGAAUUCUGAUCCCAGUCCCAUUUUAUUAGAACUGAAGAAUAUGAUUCCACCAGGGGAGUGUAUGUACGCCGGAAGAAAGAGACGAAAACCUGUUCAGAAACACAGAAAGUCAGUAACUGUGAAUGAAAAGUCAAACCCAUCAAAAAGGCACAGGGAUCGACUAAAUGCUGAGUUGGACCACCUAGCCAGUCUGUUACCUUUCUCACCUGAAAUAAUUUCCAAAUUGGACAAACUUUCUGUUCUUCGCCUUAGUGUCAGUUAUCUGAGAGUGAAAAGCUUCUUUCAAGCUUUGCAGGAGAAGCAUCCAUUGAAAUUAGGCUGCCAGCCAGAUGAUCGUACAAGAGGAGAAGGCAAUUUGCCUCCUGUGAAUGCAGUACCAGAAGGAGAGCUGCUACUAGAAGUAAGUGAGCAAUUUAUAGCCUGA